UGCAAAAUAGGCCGGCAGGAAAAAACAACACAAGAGUGAAAGAGAUGCACAAGGAACAAAAACACGCUGUGUUCGUGAAAGAGAGCUGUGUGCGACGUGGAGACUCCCGCGGUGGCUGCUCCCCUCCCCGCAGCCUCCGGCUCCGUCUCGGCUAUGGUCCUGACUGAGAACCGGGGCAUCACCCAGAUGCACAACUCCGACUGUGUGGGAGGGUAAAGGCAACAAACAGCAGCAUGGGAGCAAAGCAGAUGAAAUGCUUGAGCUCAGACAGCCCUGCCCACUCCCCCAAAGAGGAAUACGUUAUCGCCCAGCCCGCCGAGGCCCCUACAGAAGAAAUAGUCCCUGAUCAGACUGAUAACCAUAGGGAAUCUCAGGGAGACAAAUCCGAGCCGACAGAGAGGAAAUCUGUCCCAGAGGAGGUGCCACUCUGCGGAUUGUGUCCCACGCUUGGCCAUGAUGGGCAGGAGGAAGAAAAGUCCUGGGAGGAGCAGCUGGAUGCCCACCAGGAGCAGCUCGAGAAGGAGAUGCAGGAAGCCAGGAGGAUGGUGUUCCGGCUACAGGGUUUGCUGCUGCAUGGCUCUCUUCCCGAAGAAGACCAGGACGGAUCCGGGAGCUUCGGAGACAAUCGAGCGACCACGGAGCAGCAGCUGGUUCUAAUCCGCAGUCGUCUGGACCAAAGCAUGGAAGAAGCCCUUGAUCUGAAGAGGGAGUUACUGAGGCACAAACAGGAGACGCGACAUAUUCAGGCCAUCAAGGAUGCCCUGCAGCAGCGCCUGUCAGUGCAGGAGGAUGCUGUACUGCAGCUAAAGCAGGAACUACUGAGGUGCAACAUGGCCAAAGAUCAGCUGGAAGGAGAAAAUGAAGAGCUCAAACGCAAGCUGAGUGAAAGGAACAAAUUACUCAGUGAAUAUGAGCAGCAGCUGGGGAAGAAGGACAGAUUACUGCAGCAGCAGCAACAGAAGCUUGAUGAAGCUCAGCAUAAAGCACAUGAAGUCAGCCACGGCCGGUCAUUUAGGGGGGAAAAUGGUGGCUAUAGUAACUCAGUGGCAUCGACCUCUCCUUCAACGUUUCAGCACAAUGCCCCAGGGGAAGAGCUGCAGCUCGUCAGGGAAGCGCUGCGCAGUCUGAGGGACAGUUUCUCGGGUCAUGACCCCCAGCAUCACACCCUGGACACCUUGGAGCAGGGCGUAGGCAGCCUCAUGGACCGACUCCACUCCUUGGACAUCCAGCGGCGACAGGGGAGAGGGGAGGAAUUUAAAUCACCGGGACGCAGGGCCAACUCAACAGACCGUGACUCCUGGCCACCGAGCUCAAAAAUGGCGCACUCGCACAGCAGCCCGGGACUGGACGCUGUCGUCUCUACUAAAGUGCUCUACUUCACAGACCGCUCGCUCACGCCGUUUUUGAUUAACAUCCCAAAAAGGCUGGGUGAAGUGACACUGCGAGACUUCAAGGCUGCUGUAGACAGACAGGGCAAUUUCAGAUAUCACUUCAAGGCUCUUGACCCAGAGUUCGGAACGGUGAAAGAGGAGGUGUUUCAGGAUGGAGCAGUGGUCCCUGGCUGGGAGGGGAAGAUCGUGGCAUGGGUGGAGGAGGACCACGGAGAGCGACGGUAGAGCGCCGAGUACCAGAGAUCACCACUACAAACCUCAAUCGACCCCACUGGAUCAAACGUUUUACUGAAAACAUCUGUUGUGCCAUAUGAAAGAAAAUGAAA